GACCUUGCAGUGUUUGUAAACAGACACACGUUGCCGUUGUAAAGUAUUGAGAAUAGAAUACAAUCACGAUCUAACAAAGAGUGUCACAAAGUAUUUGCUUGAGGAACAUCGAAAAGAAGUAAAACCACGAGAGUCAUGGAACUGGAGCCUAUGUGUAUCGUUGAAAACGAGACGGAGGGAUCUCGCGGUGAUCGGAAAGAGGGGGGUAAGAGGGGACGCAAGCCUGGAAGGAAGGCGUCCGACAAGACGGACAUGAAAGCCAAGCUUGAACGAAGUCGACAGAGUGCGAGGGAGUGUCGUGCUCGCAAGAAGCUAAGGUAUCAAUACCUCGAAGAGUUGGUAGCCGACCGCGAAAAGGCUGUGCUCGCACUUCGAAGGGAGUUGGAGAUGUAUCGGCAGUGGGGACAAGAAUUGGACGCCGGACGAGUUCCCGAAGGGCUACAAGCGAUGCUGGAGGAGCUUGGCUCUCUGAAACGGGAGAAAGUGGCCAACUAACCGAACAAGAAAGAGAGAAAGAGAAACACGAGUCACGAACAGUCGAGCUUUUCGCCACUUUUUUUUUUUUUUUCUGCUUUUUCCGCGAUACCGUGGUAAUACCGUGGAACGUUACCCUCCGUUAUUCCCGAUUAUUAUUU